GAGGUGCCCAGAAUCCCUCUGCCUAAUAUGCAGAAAAUGAUGUGCCCUUGGCCUUUAUUCUUUAAGCCUCCGAUCUGCAAGAACAAGUUCCAAGACGAUAAGGAUAUCAACAACAAUAUGGAAAAAGCCACCCAGCAUGUCUGCAGCUUGGCCAAACAAGAUGGAACCAUACCGAGCUCCAAACCGGAUGUGAUCAUAGCCGCUGCAACAGCAAGAGAAAAAUGUCUCCCGAACAGCAACAAGCAAGCCUCCAGAUGCCUGAGGAACUUGAAAAUUAAAAACUGGGAACAUGGAAUGACACUCCAAGACACACUGCACUGCGAGGCAAAAGAGGUGCUGAGCUGCCGGUCCAGCGUGUGUCAAGGGUCUCUCAUGAACAGCCCAGCUUUGGUCAGAGGUCCCCGAGACGAACCCGUCCCUAAAGACAAAUUAUUGCACCAAGCGACUGAGUUUAUCAAUCUGUUCUACGGUUCAUCCAAAGAGCUGAAAAUAGACCACCUUGCUCGCCUGGAAGCAGUGGCUAAAGAGAUCGAGACAACCGGGACUUACCAGCUAACCGGAGACGAACUCGUCUUUGCAGCAAAGCAGGCCUGGAGAAAUGCGCCGCGAUGCAUCGGGAGAAUCCAGUGGUCCAAUUUACAGGUGUUUGACGCUCGUAACUGCGCUACUGCCAAGGAGAUGUUUGCACACCUCUGUCGUCAUUUGGCGUAUUCGACCAACGGAGGCAAGAUCAGGUCGGCCAUCACGGUUUUCCCCCAGAGGACAGACGGGAAACAUGACUUCCGAAUAUGGAACAGCCAGCUCAUCCGAUAUGCCGGAUACCAAACGCCGGAUGGUUCCAUUGUGGGCGAUCCAGCCAAUGUGGAGCUCACACAGCUAUGCAUCCAACUGGGUUGGAAGCCUAGACAUGGCCGCUUUGAUGUCCUUCCACUCAUCCUCCAGGCUGAUGGCCAAGACCCAGAGUUAUUUGAGCUGCCGCCAGAACUGGUCCUCGAAGUGCCAAUGGAGCAUCCCACAUAUGAAUGGUUUAAAGACCUGGGCUUGAAGUGGUAUGCUAUUCCCGCCGUCUCGAACAUGCUACUCGAGGUUGGAGGGCUGGAGUUUACAGCUUGCCCUUUCAACGGCUGGUACAUGGGGACCGAGAUCGGGGUGCGAGACUUCUGCGAUGUGCAGCGCUACAAUAUACUCCAGGACGUGGGGAAAAGAAUGGGCAUGGAAACAAAUAAGCUCUCUUCCCUGUGGAAAGACAAAGCUGUGAUUGAAGUGAAUGUUGCCGUGCUACAUAGUUUUCAGAAAGAAAAUGUCACCAUCAUGGACCACCAUUCUGCCACUAACUCCUUCAUGAAGUACAUGCAGAACGAGUACCGGAUCCGGGGAGGAUGUCCGGCUGACUGGGUUUGGCUUGUGCCUCCCAUCUCAGGGAGCAUCACAACUGUUUUCCACCAGGAGAUGUUGAAUUAUAUCCUCUCCCCUUUCUAUUAUUACCAGGUUGAUGCGUGGAAAACCCAUGUUUGGAAAGAUGAGAGGCACACGCCCAGGAAACGGGAGAUCAAGUUUCGCAUCUGGGCCAAGGCUGUGCUGUUUGCAUCUGUGCUGAUGCGCAAAGCCGUGGCACUCAGGAUCCAAGCAACCAUCCUCUAUGCCACCGAAACAGGAAAGUCAGAAACACUGGCCCAUAACCUUGGAGACCUAUUCAACUGUGCUUUCAAUGCCAAGGUCAUUUGUAUGGACGAUUACAACCUGAUAGACCUUGAGAAGGAACAUCUCCUCCUGGUGGUCACUAGUACUUUUGGAAAUGGAGAUUCUCCAAGCAACGGAAAAAUAUUUCAGAAUGCCCUAUUGUCGACAAAACAACUAAGCAACAAAUUCAGAUAUGGAGUCUUUGGCUUGGGUUCAAGCAUGUAUCCCGAGUUCUGCGCCUUCGCCUGGGCCAUCUACCAGAAACUCAUUCAGCUGGGGGCAUCUCCAAUCACCCCGAUGGGUGAAGGGGAUGAACUCAAUGGGCAAGAGGAAGCUUUCCGAGCCUGGGCGGUGGAUGCAUUCAAGACGUCCUGUGAAAUUUUUGAUAUCCACUGCAAGCACAGGAUCCUAUUACCCAAAGCGUUUACAAGUAAUGAAACCUGGAACCCCAAGGAUUUUAGGAUUGCAUAUGACACUCAACCCCUAGAUUUGUCCAAAGCACUGGGGGACAUCCAUGGGAAAAGUGUUGUCCUGAUGGAGCUCACAUCUCGGAAGAAUCUGCAAACGCCAAAGUCUAGCCGCGUCACCCUCCUCAUUAAGCUUUCUUGCGAGGCCAACCAGGGAGUUAAGUAUCUGCCUGGGGACCAUAUGGGCAUCUUCCCUUCCAACCCCAAAGCCCUCAUCGAUGGCAUCAUUUCCCAUAUUACAGAUGCUCCUCCGACCAACAAGAUAAUUCGUUUGGAAACGCGGAGUGACCGUGGAUACUGGACCGGAGACAAGAAGCUCCCCGCUUGUACCUUUGCUCAGGCGCUGAUGCAUUUCCUGGACGUCACCAGCCCUCCUUCCCAGCGGUUUCUCCGAACGCUGUCCCAGUGGGCCAAGGAUGACUGGGAGAAGGAGCGGCUCAACCACUUGUGCCAUAGCUUGGAGGAGUAUAACAAGUGGAAGUUCUACCGGAGCCCCACCAUCCUGGAGGUCUUGGAGGAAUUCCCCUCCGUUGAGGUCUCAGCCGCUUUUCUGUUGUCCCAGCUGCCUUUGCUGAAGCCCAGGUAUUAUUCCAUCAGUUCAUCACAGGAUUGGGACCCCAAAGAGAUUCAUCUGACCGUUGCCUUGGUCGCCUACAAGACCCAAGAUGGCAACGGUCCAGUGCAUCAUGGGAUAUGCAGUACUUGGCUAAACACUAUCAACUUGAAAGAGAGCAUCCCAUGCUUUGUUUGCAGCGCUGAUGGAUUUCGACUUCCCAAAGAUCCCCAAAAACCAUGCAUUUUGAUUGGCCCAGGGACAGGGAUCGCGCCGUUUAGAAGCUUCUGGCAACAACGUCUCUAUGACCUGGAAAUGAAAGGCACCCAGGGAAGAGGGAUGAUACUCCUGUUCGGCUGCCGGCACGCCAACCUGGACCACCUCUACAAAGACGACAUGGAGGAAAUGCUCUGGAAAGGCAUCUUCCAAGGAAUCUACACUGCAUACUCCAGAGAGCCGGGCCGUCCCAAAGUUUAUGUCCAAGAUCUUCUUCAGAAGGCUCUGGCAUCCAAAGUGUGCCAACUCCUACAUGAGGAGGAAGGUCACCUGUAUGUCUGUGGGGAUGUCCGCAUGGCCAGAGCCGUGGCCAAAACCAUGAAGGAGAUGUUUGCUAAGCAGCUGGGCUUAACGGAAGAGCAAGCGGAGGACUACUGCUUCCAGCUGAAGAGACAAAAGCGAUACCAUGAAGACAUAUUUGGAGCGGUGUUUGCACACGAGACCCAAAGAGACACGAGACUCAGACCCAGCUUCGAAUCUCCAAAUCCACUAACAUUUUAGCUGUAUUUUUGCACAUAUGCUCCUUUUCCUAUGUUAUGGGGAGCCAAAUUGGGCUUUCUCUCCAAAAUUUUGGAGGUGAAUCAGUACAAUUUGGCUCCCAAAACCCAGCCCCUGUUUUUUGGAGACAAGACACCUUUUAUUUAAUGCUAUUUAUUCUAUCAGAUCCUUCGUUGUUUGUGUAUAUUGUAUGGGAAGAGGUCAGUUGUAUGUAUUUUUAAAGAAUCUAUUGCUGGACAAAUGCUCAUAAAUUUGGGAGUUGAUGACUGAGUUUGAACUCUUGGUUUCCCAGAAUUCUAGGCCUUGUCUACACUUACCAGAUAAAUUGGGGUUAAAGUGCCCUGGAGAGUUAACCUAGAUUAAUUUCUCCCAUUUCUAAAAACGUU